AUGUCGCUGUGCCUGACCUCACAUCUUUUCCUGCUGGUCCUACCAGUGAUGUCACUGAUGCUGCUCUUCUCUCCAAUUGGUUGGAGCUAUGAGAACCUCACCCCUGGAUGUCACCUGUAUCCCUUCAACGUGACCAUCCGCAGUGACCGCCGUGGCACCUGUAAAGGCACCCACUUGGUCCACGCCUGCGUCGGCUACUGCGAAUCCAGCGCCUUCCCAUCCAGAUACUCUGUACUGGUGGCCUCCAACUUCACCCACAACAUCACCUCCGCCUCACGAUGCUGCACCAUCAGCAAGGACACCAAGGUCAAAGUUCGCCUGGACUGCCCUCGAGGUCGUCACCAUGAUGAAAUAGAGAUCCUGACAGCGAAGGCGUGUCGCUGCGACAUGUGCCGCAAGUCCCGCUACUGA